AUGGGCAGCUUCACCCUUAUCAAAGUGAUGAUGAUUAUAAUCAGCACCCUCAUAUUUCUGGGAGGCGCUAAAUUGCUGGGCAUUGGUGUUUGGGUGACUGUGGAUGGCAAAUCCUUUUUAAAUAUCUUUGGUGCAGUUUCAGCUGGUGCUGUCUUUCAUAUUGUAAAUGUCGGGUAUCUAAUGAUUGCCCUUGGGGCUCUCCUGGUCAUCUUGGGCUACCUUGGCUGGUGCGCAGCUCAGAAGGAGAGCAAGUGUCUCCUGCUUAUAUUCUUCUUGGCCAUCAUGACUAUCUUCAUUGUACAAAUACCUGGGGCUGUUGUUGCUUUGGUUUACAGUUGCACUGAUCUGGCGGAAAACAUCCUGCAGCCUCUCCUUGCUCCAGUCUUGAGAGAGAAAUAUGGAAAUAAUCAAGAUGUGACAAAAACGUGGAAUGUGACCAUGAAGGAUCACCAAUGCUGUGGCAUCUCAGGGUACAGUGACUUUGACAACUCCUUUUACAAGAUCAGCACCCAUGGGUACCCACCAUUCUGCUGCAAAUCAAACUCUACAACACCUUGUACUCAAGCAGCCGCACAACAUGCUGGGGUUCAGGGCUGUUUCUGGGAGCUGGUGUUCUGCAUCAAGCAGUAUGCAGCUGCCUUAGGUGGCUUAGCAGCUGGAGUGUGCACACUGGAGCUGUCUGCCAUGAUUGUGUCUCUGUACCUCUACUGCCUACUAGAGAGGGGAAAAGCAAGUCCCUAA